UCACGUUUUUAACUUGACAAGCUAGCUAAUCCGAAUUGAGAAUUGGGCAUCAAAGGCGAUGACCGCAUACUGGAGAUGCCAAGUUGCUGCUACCAAGGGGGACAGCAUGAUCCGGCUACAUCCUAAAGCGAGCUACGUAGCCAUUCCUACCAUCAUCUCUUUCCCUUCCCACGACUUGAAAAUUUGAUCAAUCAGAGAACCAAAAAGGCGGCGCCCGCCCGCCUUUGAUCGCUUUACAAUGGCGCACUGUCCUCUUCUAGUGCACCACCCCCCACGCGAGCUGCUCUGCAUCACCUUGCCAUCAGUUGCGUGCCGCCACCGUCCCUCUCCCAGUCUCACACUCGCGUGCCGUAGCAGGAGCCGAGCCUGACCAGCAGGGGCGGCGGCGCGAGAUCGAUCAGCCAUGCAGCUUUUCUCUGGCCGGAGCAAGCAGGAGCACAAUAAGGUCGGCGGAGGCGGCAAGUGCCACGCCGUGGCGGGGGGGACGACGACGCGGCACAGCAAGGGUGGCGGCAAGUGCCGCGCGCUGUGCUGCGGCGCGUCCCGGCUCAGCGUGUCGUCGUCGUCGGCGUCGUGCUCGUCCGCCGACGCGGCGCCGGAGCCGCUUCCCCUGCCGCCGCCGGCGCAGCCGCGCGGCCUGUCCAGGCUCGCGCACGGGAUGGUCCAGGCGCGGCUGCAGUCCAUGAUCGACGCCGCAGCCGCCGAGACCGGCGGUCGGCCGCCGGCUGCGCGCCGCCAGCCGGAUGAGCUCUCCGCCGAGCGGCAUCGGCGCCGCGGCCUCCCGCGGGCGUGGGCCCACGGCGGCGGCGGCGGCUGCUGCUACGAGAAGAGCGUCGUCCGGGAGCAGGCGGCGGCCACCAGGCGGACAUGCGUCGUGCUGCUCGCGGAGGACCGGAGGACGCACGACCCGCGGGAGGAGUUCCGGCGGUCCAUCGCCGAGGUGAUCGCGGCGAAGCGGAUGGCCGAGCCCGCGGAGCUGCGGGCGCUGCUCAACUGCUACGUCUCGGUGAACGCGCGCGAGCACCGCGCCGCCAUCCUCCAGGCCUUCCACGAGGUUUGCUCGGCACUCUUCUCUUGCAAGCAGCUGGGUUGAACGAGCAAGUUGGUCGAAGUGCGUGGCUUUUGUGAUUUGGCUGCCAUGCAUGCGUGUAAUUAACCAGCCAUCUAUCCUAAAGCACCAAACGGGGAAGCAUGCAUGCGUGACUGUAUUAUUGUAGAGUGUAAUAAGUGUGUUCCUUUCCCCUGUUCUUUGUCCAAAGAAUGUUGGUGCAAUAGUGAGCACAUUGCACAGAUAUGAUCUGUAUGUUCUCAGUAAUUUGCUGCGUAUAUAUUGGGCUGUGUUCCAUCUCAAUCGUAAGCUUGGUACUUGAUUGCAACGUGCAGUAGUUACUUCCGUCAUAAAAUAUAAAAUAUAUUAUAGCUUUUAAAAUUUAUACUAAAUUUUAAGGUAUUCUAUGUUGUGUACUUGUGUCCAUACUUAGAUUUAAUAAAGUUUAUUAAUACUGAAGCCAUAAUUUGAUGAGAAGCUUUUCAAUUGGGUUCAAUCCAUGAGUAAAUAUGGUAUUCAAGUAUUUUUUUAAGUUGUCUUAAUUUUCUUAUUAGAAUGCAUUGUAUAUAGAAUUGAGGAAGUAAAAAGUAUAGGCUCAACAUCAUCUUUUCUUUUCUUCUUGACAAAUGGAAUAUAGAAAUACCCUGUGCACAAUAAAAAUAGUCAAGCUCUUGAAGUUGCUCUUAUAAGAAAUACUUUCAUAAUAUAUUCGUAUCCUGUGAAACUAUAAAGAUCUUUUUUGAAAUAGAUGAUCAAAGAUAUUAAUAUGUGACUUGCGACAAAGUUAAUGUUUUAUGUAACAACGAAAGGAGUGCAAAACGUUACUUCUCCGUCCAGAAAUAUAAAACAUUUAGAAAGAAGUUUUUAGAUAAAAUAAAAACCUAACAAAAGACCAUUCGGCCCCAUUUGAUACGACUUCUCUAGCGGCUUCAGGAGCCGUUUGAAGCCGUUUUAUGCCAAACGGGAUAAAAUAGAAUGGCUCCACCAAUGAAGCUCCUAAAAACGUGCUCUGAGCUUUAGGGUGUGAAGAAGCCAAAAUAGUGGCUUCUUCCGGCUUUACCUCAUCCUACAUGACGUUCUGUGAGAGCACAUUUUAAGAAAAGAGCGGUUUUGCCAAACAGUUUAUCAAAAUGGCUCCAGCUCCACUGAUAAAGCUAUUCAUGGAGCUGAAGCCCUCAAAAACAGUUUUAUUAGUGAAGUGGAGCCGUGCCAAACAAGGCCUUUCAUCCCUCACUAACUAGGAUUGCGGGAGUAGUUCAAUUAUUGGUUGUUUGUUUUGGUUGAGACCAAGUUUAACAUU